UAUUGUUAGUGUUUUUAACAUAAUCAUUUUGGUGCCUGAAAAUGCUUGAAAAUAAUAUGACUUUAAUUCGAAAUUAAAAUUCGAAAGCAUAAACAUGCCUUAUAUAGACAGCGGUGAAGAGUCAUUCGUUAUAAAAAACACACAUUUAUUCAUAAAAGGUACAGAUUUCGAUGUGGAAUUCUGGAAAACGUGUAAUAAAUAGAGUACAUGAUUAAAUUGGGAUCUGUGGAUGGUAUGAAAAUAGGUACUAUUUUGAAAUAGUUCAAUGCCAUUUUAGAUGGUUUUAUCCUUUAUUGGUGUUUCGGUGAGGAAUACUUAAAACGCCCAAAGAUUGCCGAAUGUCAAUUAUAGAAUAUUAAGGAUAAUGUUUUCACUGUAGUAACCCGACUAUCUUUAACAAUGUAUGAAUAUUAUAAACAGUUUCCUACACCCGGAAGCCAGAACUGGCUUAAGGGGUCAGUUGCUGUUAAUAUCACCAAAAGAGGACUGGCACCGUUUGCUUUUAAGGUAUGUGAUGACAUUCGCGUUGAAAAGUUAAAAUUGGCAAUAAAACAACAUUUUCCUGACCUCUGUGGGAAUUGCUCAAUUGUUGAAGCUAUACCAUGUGAUCCGAAAAACAACAUAUGUAAUGCAGGACAAUGCCGUUUUCACAAGGAUCGUGUUUUUCGUCCGUGCCUUAUAGUAAAAUGUAACGAUUAUCGUAACACUGUAACCGACAAAAUCCAGAAAGGUAUCGAUAUAGGUUGCAUCUGCAAUAGCUGCAAAAUAACUGAAAUUGUAUCGUGUAAUCCGAGAAAUAAAGUCUGCAAUUCGGGAAGAUGCAGAUUCCAUAUGGAUCCAAAUACGAAACUAAACAUUCAUACAAGGCGAUGCCCGAAUAACAUUUGUGAUACGCUCCGAAAUGCCAUACAGCAGACACACCGAUUUGGAAAUCCAUCAUGGAAGAACACCGAUGCAAGGAAAUGGUGUGUAAACGCUUGGGAUAUUGCCAAGUGCUUUAUGCCUCCAGAUGGCUACGCAAAUGUGGACAAUGAAAACGACACUGACUUGAACGGGAUAAUAAGUGUCUACAUCAACUCUGACGAAUUUCAACAGUAUUUUACAGCUGACCUGUCCUUUCCGAAGAACAUCUGCGACAAGGUCCGCGAUGUCGGAAAGAAUAUUCGCCAUGCGCCCGGAUUGGAAGUUACUGACGAUGACUUGAAAGUUUGGCUAUCUGAUCUGAAAGCAUUGUUUUCUGACCCAACAUUCAAGAAUGACAAUCCCCUUGCAAAAGACGCACUAGACCAAUUGCAACAGCGGAUCAAGACUCCCAUUGACGUCAUGGUAAAUGACCGAGCGGAUGAAGACUCCCAUUCCCGUCAUGAUGAGUCAAACAUAGCAAUAAUGGUGAUGGAAAGGGCAACACCAUUUAUAGAUGAGUCAAACAUAGCAAUAAUGGUGAUAGAAAGGGCAACACCAUUUAUAGAUGAGUCAAACAUAGCAAUAAUGGUGAUGGAAAGGGCAACACCAUUUAUAGAUGAGUCAAACAUAGCAAUAAUGGUGAUGGAAAGGGCAACACCAUUUAUAGAUGAGUCAAACAUAGCAAUAAUGGUGAUGGAAAGGGCAACACCAUUUAUAGAUGAGUGA